CUGCGGUUGGGGAUUCUGUGAGAGCUUCAUUUUGAAGAAUAUUUUCUCCGAUUUCUGGGAAUCUGAGAAACGAAAAUGUCUCUCACACGCACCAUUGCACCUCUGAGUGUCACUUCAGCUUCAGCUUCUUUGCCAGCUACAUCAAAUUUGAAGAAAAAUAUGAACAGCAACGCUUUGCGCCUUGAGGGGGCUAAAGAAAGAAUCAAGAAGAUGUUCAAUAAGGUUGAACUUUCAAUUUCCUCAUAUGAUACAGCUUGGGUAGCUAUGAUUCCUUCCAUGAAUUCUCCUAAUGUGCCUUUUUUCCCUGAGUGUUUGAAUUGGUUAUUGGAGAAUCAACAAUUUGAUGGUUCAUGGGGUCUUCCUGGUCGCCAUCCAUUGUUAUUCAAAGAUGCUCUCUUAUCAACCUUAGCUUGUGUCCUUGCUCUGAAGCAAUGGGAUGUUGGUGAAGAGCAGACUAUCAGAGGUCUUCAAUUUAUUGAGUCAAACAUUGCUUCAGUCAUUGAUGAGAAGCAACACUCUCCUAUUGGAUUUGAUGUAAUUUUUCCUUCCCUUCUCAAGUCAGCCCAAAGUUUGGGCAUAAAUCUUUGUCUUGGAUCAACAAGUUUAGAAGGACUCAUUCACAACAGAGAGUUGGAACUUAGACGAGGUUAUCAAAGCAAUUCAGAUGGGUGGAGAGCAUAUCUAGCAUAUGUUUCAGAAGGCAUUGGGAAAAAUCAGGACUGGCAAAUGGUCAUGAAGUAUCAAAGGAAGAAUGGAUCUUUGUUUAACUCACCUGCUACCACGGCAGCAGUUUUUCAACACUAUAAGAAUGAUGACUGUCUUAUUUACCUUCGAUCAGUUUUAGAGCAGUUUGGAAACGCUGUUCCAACAGUUUACCCUUUGGACAUAUAUGCUCGUCUUUGCAUGGUUGACAGUCUUGAGAGGUUGGGCAUUGAUUAUCAUUUCAGCAAGGAAAUUCAAAGUGUAUUAGAUGAAACAUACAGAUACUGGAUUGAUGGAGAUGAAGAAAUAUUCUUAGACCCCACUUGCUGUGCACUGGCAUUUCGUUUAUUACGAAUGAACGGAUAUGAUGUGUCUUCAGAUCCAUUUAAUCAAUAUUCCAAAGAUAAAUUUCCUGACUCCUUGAAAGGAUACUUGAAGGAUGUUGGUGCUGUUUUAGAGCUAUAUAAAGCUUCACAAAUCAUGAUACAUCCAGGUGAAGAAGUUCUGGUGAAACAAAAUGCCUGGACAAGACAUCUCUUGAAGCAGGAAUUAUCACCUUUCCAAGUACGCGUUGAUAGACUUUUUAGUCAUGUUGAACAAGAGGUCAAUGAUGAGCUUAAAUUUCCUCAUCAUAAGAAGUUGGAGCGCUUGUUAAACAGAGCAUCCAUAGACCAUUAUAAUUUGGAAGAUACAAGGAUUUUAAAAACUUCAUAUAGAUCUUUAAAUCUUGCAAAUGAAGAUUUUUUAAAGAUGGCUGCAGAAGACUUCAAUAUCUGCCAAUCAAUACAUCAUGAAGAAUUUAAACAACUUGCAAGGUGGGUAGUGGAUAGCAGGCUAGACAAACUCAAAUUUGCAAGGCAGAAAUUAGGCUAUUGUUACUUCACCAGUGCAGCAACAAUUUUCUACCCUGAACUUUCUGAUGCCCGCAUAGCAUGGGCAAAAAAUGGGGUGCUCACAACAGUUGUUGAUGAUUUCUUUGAUGUUGGUGGUUCUGAAGAGGAGUUAGUGCAACUAAUUCGGCUGGUGGAGAGGUGGGAUGUAGAUCUCAGCAGUGUUUCUUGUUCCGAGUCCGUCAGCAUAAUAUUUUCCGCAGUUCGGGACACAAUUUGUGAGAUUGGGGAGAAUUCAUUAAAGUGCCAAGAACAUAAUGCAACAGACCAUGUUAAAAAAAUUUGGUUGGAUUUGAUGCGAUCGAUGUUGAAGGAAGCUCAGUGGUCGAAAAACAAGCAUGUUCCAACAAUUGAUGAAUAUAUGGAAAAUGCAUAUGUAUCUUUUGCCUUGGGACCGAUUGUGCUUCCAACACUCUAUCUUGUGGGGCAUAAGCUUCCAACUGAUUUGGCUGAAAACCCUGAAUACCAUAGACUGUAUGAGCUAAUGAGCACUUCUGGGCGCCUCCUUAAUGAUUUCAAUGGCUAUAAGAGGGAAUCUGCCCAAGGGAAAUUGAAUGCAUUCACUUUGCUGGUUGCUCAACGGGGUGGGGAUGUUGCUGAGGAAGAUGUCAUUCAGGAGAUGAAGGAUGUCAUUGAGGAAAACAGAAGAGAGCUUCUGAGACUGGUUUUGCAGGAAGAAGGUAGCACAAUUCCAAGAGCUUGCAAGGAUUUGUUCUGGAAAAUGGCCAAAGUAUUGUAUCUGUUUUACUUGAAGGACGAUGGGUUUACUUCACACGAGUUAUCAUCUACUGUAAGUGACGUGCUUGAAAAACCCGUCGUCCUCCAUGAAUUUUCUGAGGCUGAAGCUAUGGAAAACUUGAAUCCUGUGUCAACUUAGGAACGAGGGAGGGAGGGUGGUCCUGUCACAGUUCAUUUGGUUUUGAGAGAUCACCUUGUGAAUAAAUCGUCUCGCUUAAAAGUUUUAAUUGCUUUCUUUCAUAAGUA